AUGCGGCAACGCGAAGCCAAGGUGGGCGUCGACGGCGCCGCGGCGCCGCGAAAGGAGCAGUGGCGCUCGGCUGCAGGCCGCUGGGUGGGCGCCGAUGAGGCGGCGCUGGCGUUCACGCAUCGGACCAAGAGGCCGCGGUGCUUGGCGUCGAACGUCGUGCUCGUCGCCUUCGUCAUGACCGUGUCGGCGAUGGUCAUCCUCCUCGGCGCGCGCACCAGUGCGCCGGCCGUCUCGAUCAACGCCGCCAAAGUCUUGCGCCGAGGUUCAGGCGAUGGUUUCCUCCUGCGGUGGCCGGCAAGAUCUCACGACAAGCUCCUCGGCGGGCUCUUGGCUGAAGGAUUUGACGAGAGAUCCUGCCACAGCAGGUACCAAUCCGCCAUGUACCGUCGACAUGCCGGCAGGCGACCCUCCCCGUAUCUUAUCUCCAAGCUGCGGCAGCGCGAAGCCCUGCAACAACGGUGCGGCCCGGGCACCGUCGCCUACAGCAACGCGCUGGAGCAGCUCAGGUCGGGCAAGAGCGGCGGCAUUGGCUCGCCGGACUGCAAGUACCUGGUCUCCAUAUCUUAUAGCGGUCUGGGGAACCGGAUGCUCGCCGCCGCAUCGGCGUUCCUGUACGCGCUGCUCACCGACCGCGUGCUCCUCGUCGACCCCAGUAACGACAUGGGCGAGCUGUUCUGCGAGCCAUUUCCCGGCACGACGUGGGUUCUGCCGUCCGGCUUCCCACUGACAAGCUACACCAAUUUCAGCGUCAGCACCGCCGAGAGCUACGGUAACAUGCUGAAGAGCAAUGUGAUCAGAAACGACGACGGGGACGUGUCGACGGCCCAGCUGCCGGUGUUCGCGUACGUCCAUCUCAACCACGACGCCACCGACCACGACAAGUUCUUCUUCUGCGACGAGGACCAGAGGGUGCUCCGGAACAUCCCGUGGCUGGUGAUGAGGACGGACAACUACAUCGUGCCGGGGCUGUUCCUGGUCAUGGGAUUCCAGGAGGAGCUCGACAGGCUGUUCCCGGAGCCGGACACAGUGUUCCACCACCUCGGGCGGUACCUGUUCCACCCAAACAACCACGUCUGGGGCCUCAUCACGCGGUACUACGACGCCUACCUCGCGACGGCGCAGCAGCGGGUGGGCAUCCAGGUGCGCGUCUUUGGCGCCCAGCCGAAUUCGCCGGAGUUCCUUGAGCAGAUCACGAUGUGCACGCAGAAGCAGGGGCUGCUCCCGAAAUCGCUCACCGGGGCAGAGCCCGUCGUGCCGGAACCUAGCCGGAAGUCCAAAGCCGUUCUGGUCACCUCACUGAAGUCCUGGUACUACGAGAAAAUCAAGAGCAUGUACUGGGAGCACGCGGCGGCCACCGGCGAGGCCGUGAGCGUGCACCAGCCGAGCCACGAGGAGUUCCAGCGCUUCGGCGCCAAGUCGCACGACACCAUGGCGUUGGCCGAGAUAUACCUGCUGAGCCUUACUGACGCGCUGGUGACCACCGGCUGGUCGACGUUCGGGUAUGUGGCGCAGGGGCUCGGCGGCCUGAGGCCGUGGGUGAUGUACAAGCCGGCGAACGAAACUCAAGUGCCGGACCCACCGUGCGGCCGGGACGUCUCCAUGGAACCGUGCUUCCACGCGCCGCCGUUCUAUGACUGCAGGCUGAAGCGGGGGGCGGACACCGGGAAGAUCGUGCCGCAGGUCCAGCAUUGCAUCGAUAUGAGCUGGGGUUUGAAGCUUGUCGAUGGCAAUUCGUAACCUAGUACUAGUACGUUGUAUACUGUAUACAUGUACGUUGGUGGCUUUGAUACAGACAUAGAAG